AUGAAUAAGCAGUGGAAGAGCCAACCGGACGAAAAAGUACCAGCCACUGGUCCAUCCGAAAAAAUGAAAAACUACAACGCUAACAGCUCUAGGAGCAAAGUGAAGGGGGAAAAGGGCGCUGCCCACGGUGCCAGCCACCGUACCAGCCAUGACAGUGGGUAUAAUGGCGGGUACAGCGGCGGGUACGGAGAUGGGUAUGGAGGCGGGUAUGGAGGCGGAUAUGGAAGCCGAUACGGAGGUGGGUAUAGUGGAGGUCACAGCUACAACAGAGGCUACUACCCGAACACCAGUUCGUCUUAUCACAAAAAAAGAAACAGUGCCAAGUACGUAAAGGGCGCGUACGAUAAUGAGUACACAAAGGAGAGAGAUAAGAAAGGGAAGAAUUUCGAUACGAGGCCUCACAAAAGCGAGCAGUCUAAUGGUGGACACGGGAACAGGGAUAACACGAAUAGGGGCAGCUCCAGUAGGGGGGGCCCACAUAAAGGCGUCGGCAACAGCGCCCACGUAGACAUCGCCCAAACGCAUGAAAACCUUGCGGCCUUUAAUCUAAACAAAAAUGAUAGCAUCUUCGAAGACGUGGACAGAAUCAACAACAUUACGUUCGGCCUCAACGAUAAUCCCGAAGGGGAUUUCUCCUACACCAUGAAUAACAACCUAAUUGAAAAUGAAAAAAAGUUAUUUAAGUUAAACAAAUUGGACAAUAAAAAUGUGGACUGCCCCGAGUUUCUGCGAAUACAAGAAAGGGACAUAAUUGAUAGCAGCUCCGCACAUUUUAUAAAACGGGAGGAUGAAAGGGAUCCCUUUUUUGCCUACAACGAGGAGGAGCAGCGGCAGGAACAUGUGGAGCUCUACCGGAUUAACGAAAAAAAAGUGCCAUCGAAUGAGGCAGCCCAUAGUAGAAAUCACAUGAAGAACGUCAGCUUCCCCUCCAACAGCAAACAAAGGAACAACGAAAGUGACGACUUCUUCCACUUUGACAACAAAAUGUGCAACUUAACCAAAUUUAUUAAUAAAAACAUCUUCUACACAAACGAAAAUGAUGAGGUGAAAGGAGACGAAAUGAACGACGACGAGUCGGUUGAGAGUGCGGACCCAUUCAGUUUUAUCAACGCCCCGGAGAGGAAUAAACAGUCGGUACAAGACAGGGCCUUAAGCAAAGCAGGAAUUAAAGGCACCUCCAACGAUAAAGAACACAUGCAAAGAAAUUUUUAUGCAGAAGAGGAACAUAUACGCAGGGACCAAACAGACAACCAAUUCGAGAGGAAACCAAAUAUCGAUUCGUAUAGAUUCAACGAAAAUGAUUUAACCAAAAUUUAUCUCAUGAACAAUUUGGAGCAGAUCCAUGACAACAGCACUUUUAAUGAAAAUUUCAAGGAGGGGGAUUAUUUACACAUUUUGGGGAGAAAAGAUUUGAAAAACGAAAGCAGUAGUAGUAACCGCGUGGGGGAUCUCCGAAUGGUAGGUGGCGCAGAGGAAGCAGUAGGAAUGGAGGGCCUCCCAUGGGGACAAGACAACUCCGAGCAGGCGAGAAUGUUGACGCACAGCUUUAUGAACAAUGCGGAGAGGAACUUCUCCAUCAGAGGCAUGAACGAACUCAUGUUGGAUAGCAGAAGUCGUGAAAUGGACAAAAAUCUACAGUUUCUGAAUAGCCUCAGAAAUGUAUAUGGCCACUUGGGUGAGGAAGAAGGCGAUGCGGGGAUGCCCGGCAUUCCAGAUAUCUCCGCCAUGUCAACCAUGCCCCGUGUGCGCGAUUUGAAGGGAGGGCACCCCCCUGUUAUGAAUGACACAUACACUAAUGAUGUGCACCUCGAGGAGCAGCACCAUCGACUGCGUCAGAUGCAGCAGUUGAGGUUACCAGCGGAAGAGAACUACCUCGACCCCUUGCGCAAGAUACCAACCAACCUGUCGAAUCUGCCCAAUCUGCCGAACCUGCCCAAUCUAUACCCCUUCAAGGAAAACGAAAUAAAUGAUGAGUUCCUGCUCAGCAUGAACGAAAAGCAACAAAUGUAUCUUAUGAAGGAGGAAGAGUAUUACAUGAAAAAUGAUAAAAGUAAUCGCCAUUUUGUGACUGACUUGAGUCCUUACAUGGAAGGUUAUAAAAACGAAUCGUUCAUUUUUCCUCAACAGGAGGAUCAAUCAAGUGAAUUUCUCUUCCAAAUGGGCCCCACCAAGGGCAUGCAUUUGGGGGGGGUGAACAUAGGAGAAAAUAUGGCGGCACUGCCACAGGAGGGACUGCAAAUCGGGGAGCGAUUAAUUAGCGAGAAGGUUAUCCACCCCCCGGAGGACUACACAUUGAGGAAUAACCUCGGCGAAGAAAAUUAUUACGCCAAUUUAAAUGAAAAAUUAAACAACGUAAAGGGGCAGCCGCCGCAACAGGAAGAAGAAGAUUUCUUGUUGUCUAGUCAAGACGGGGACUCAAAAUUGGACGUAACCAAUGACUUAAACGCGUUGAAGAUUCUGAAUAACUACUACUUGGAUUACAAGGCGAAUGAUCUUAUGUUAAUGGAAAAGAACACAAAUUCGCUGCUCGCCGGGGAGGUGAACUUGUCGGGGGGUGCAGGCUACCAGGGUGAGCGGUACCCAGGGGAAAGACACCCUGGGGAAAGGUCACUAAAUGGAUGGGAGAAACCUCCUGGGGAGAGGUCACCAACUGAAUGGUCUCCACUGGAGAGACCACCCAAUGAGCGAGUGCCGCGCGACCGACCGCAGGCCAACAAACCCGGUGGACACAAGAUGAAAGACGAGCCCAACUAUACCAAGGAUGACCACAACAACCGCCACGGCAACCACUUCGACAAAGGGAACAACGUAACCAGCAAGAACUUCCCCAAUUCCCAUGUAGGCAUGGUACGUGAUAGACUCCACCGGAGCACGUCGUCUAAUGGGUACAUAGACAAAUAUGAUCAGAAAAGCUAUUUUUACCAACGCGGCAGAAUGAAAAAUAAUAGCAUCAGUAAGGCGUACCAAAUGAGUUACUCCCUCCCGUAUAAAGGUGGAGGUGGCAAGGGACACGAUCAUGCCCUGAGAAACGUGAUGAGCAGUGACAUGUACCCUCGCACAAAUGAUACGAACAGAUCGACAUGCGAAAGCUUCAUAAUUCGUUUGAAAAAACAGCACAUGCUGAAAUUAACGAGCUUUCUAAGGAUGAGUUACAAAAAAGCCAACCUCAAUGAUCUGAAUGACGACCUGUAUAACUAUUACAGAUUUUUAAACAAAAUCAAUGGAAACAUUAAACAGAGCAAUUACUUUUUCAAGUAUCGAAAUCUCAUGAAGAAGAGUGACAAGGACAAGUUACUCAGGAUUCAACUCUCCUAUAUGAUUAUAAACCCGUCCAUACAGAAGAAUAGCGGCAAAUGGAACUUCAAAAGUGAGGCAAGAAAUGAUGGCCCGGAACAGCUCACUCUGAAGGAUGGCCGUGAAUCGGGCGAUGGAAUUGAAAAUGACGGAGCAGAUCAAGAAGACGACAGGCGUGGAAAGCGUAUCACCAGUGAUGACCAUGGCGAUGGUGAGACUAACAGCGUGGACAGUGGCGAUAGCGAAAUUAUAAACCUCCAGGGUGAAGCGGACAGGAUAAGAACCAAAGGUCUGCCAAACGAUGACAAUUUUACUAUGCUUUAUGCCAAUGGGGAGGAAGAGAAACUGUACAAUCUACUACGUGAGGAUAACUUCGAUCUGCACAGCGAAAAUAUACUCAACAUUGACCUGAACAAAAUAUUAAACAUAACGUCCAGCAGUCCAACAGAAUUGAAGGGUGACCAUUCGAAGGCAGAAAAGGAAAAGAACAGAGAGGGGGAAAAUGCCCAUAAGAAUGAAAACACAGGUGGAGAGGGGAAGCAGUCGGAUCAUCCAAACGUGGGAAAUAAAGGAGCAACCGAAUUGGAAGUCUCCAACCAGGACAGCGAAAAGAAAGGAGAAACUACCAGCGGGGUUGACAACAAAGCUGCAGGUCAGAACGACGCAUCUAAGUAUGAUAUCACAAACAGACUGGGCAGAUUCGUUUUCGCCACGGUACAUGAACCAAGAAAUUUAAUAACCCUAGUGAAGAAUGAUCCCCUAUUUGAUAGCUACGAUGAGAUGGUGGAGAAAUUUAAAAAUAUCAUACUAAGUCAGGUAGCCUUGGGGCAGGAAACAGACGGGGAAGGUAAAGAGGAUCCAUCUACGCCCAGUAGAAAGUGCACCUCCAAGGGCGUAAAAAAGAAGGACAGAAAAAAGGAAGAGAAGAACUCCGCGCAGAGGGAAAUAGCACUUGUGACGGCCAAACUUCUCAUGAGAGACGUCGUUACAAAGAAAAUGCUGGAGAUGCUGUGGGACCUCUAUAUAGACAUAAAGAACAUUUACAAAGACAUAGACAGGUGCCCCUAUACACACAUCGAAACUAUAUCCAAAUAUAAUGAAGAGAUUAAAAAGAAAAAAAACACGCUCUUUAAUUUUAUCCUCCUGAAGAAGACCGGCGACGAGGAAACAGUUUGCAGUUGCCUCAUGAGUAAUCAUAACAACUUGUUUUUGAAGAAGAGCAUAAACAACGUGGAUGUUACUGUUAACAAGCAUCUUUACCUAUACCUAACGGAUUCACUCUACAGCAGCAUCAAUAAGAACUUCGAAUUUCUUAUUUACCCGACGGUUGCAGAUUUGAUUGUCAACUUGUCCUUCGACAGGGUCCAUGUGGCGCGGUACGUCAAGCGAGGGGUGGCACCCCGAUGCGGUGAGCAGCCAGGUGAUGUGGAGCGUCCCCCCAAGGGUAGCGGCAAUACAUCAGAUAGUAACAAUGGCAACAUUAGCAACAUCUUUGCGCACCGGUUCCCCUACAAGAACAACCUCGCGCAGCUGGGAAGCUCCACCCAGUUUGGCAAAGUCAUCUCGUUCAACAGAGCGUACUGCUACUACAAUUUCGGAGGCUACAACCAGUGGGACAUUUUUGCCGCCUCCAACAGUGCCCCGAACAGUCGUAUGGGUAAUCGUACGGACACUACAGCGAACGGCGCCUCCGUGGGGACCCCAAAGGAAAAGAAGAAAAAAUCCUUCUUCUUCUUCAAGGAGAAGGAGGGUAAAAAAAGCGCAAAUGAGAAAAUGAGUGAAGAAAAAGAAGACACCGCCUUUCCCACGCCUGCAAACAGCAUGAGAGUACACAACGAGGUAACAAAACUAGACGUGGACACAAACCAGCUUAAUGAGGAGCUCCAAAAAUUGAAGAGUAUACACUGCUUAUUCGUUAAUAGCAUAUUGAAAAAAAAAGGAGCAUGUGUGUACAGAAAGAUAUUAAAAGUGGUAAAAAAGAAAAAGAGAAUGACGCUCAUUUAUUCCCUCUUUAGUAACCACCUUCUUCUGGUUUUCCUCUUUGCCCAUGCGGAUUCUUGUUUCGAAAAUAUGCUCCAAUAUGAAGAGUUCCUAAAGUUACAGCUGCUCCAUAUGAACGCCAACAUAAACACACUGAAUAAGUUUAUUAAGAAUGAGAAAAUGCAAAACAUAUUUUUCAUGAAAGAACAUCAAGCUCACUUGCGAAAUAGCGGGGUCCACCAGUUUAUUAACAUCAGGUGUAAACUCUACAGUAGUAAUGUUUAUUCCUCACUCUAUAUAUACCUCUUGGAUGUGUCUCUGUCCUAUUUGUUUACCCCGGGCAUUGGCAUUGCUUACUUGCAGAGCAUCCUGGCUCUCCUCCUCUUUUACAAUUACGUUCACUUUUACAUAACGAAACUUCUCUUUUACAAGAGUGGAGCCGCCCUUUUAAUCAUUUUCCUUGUCAAGAUUAUCCCCUACGUUAAGGAGUUUGACAGAAACCUUAUAAUAUGCUUCCUCUACUCUGUGCUGCACAGCGUGUUCUACAUCCUGUGCAACAUCUUCACGCACCACCUGGAGGAGGAGAGGAAGGCAGACAAGGGACCCGAAUCAGAGUUGCACUUGAAAAUAUUAAUGAGCAUGACCAACGAAAUUAGCUUUUACAAAAUUGUUUACAAGAGUGUGUGCAGUUAUUCCCACCAGGACAGCUUCUUCGAGGAGGAGAUCGCCAGCAUGCUAGAAGAUUUAGGAAAGGAACCCAUCGUAAAGGUCAUAAUGAACUACAUUAAGAAAUGA